AUGUCAACCAAGGCCGUGCACUUAGAGGCAGUUUCCAGUCUUUCCGCAAAGGAUUUUUUGGCUUCAUUUUCAAGAUUCACUGCUCGUCGAGGUCUUCCACAUGAUGUUUACAGUGAUAUGGGUACUAACUUUGUUGCCGCUGCUAAAGACCUUACCGAAAUGCACAAGCUUCUAUCUAAAUCACCUGUUUCAGAGGUUAUUCAAAAGAGUUUGACUGAUAAAGGAGUACAAUGGCACUUUAAUCCUCCUUCGGCUCCACACUUUGGAGGAAUCUGGGAGGCCGCGGUAAAGUCGGCAAAAUAUCAUCUCAGACGAGUGAUAGGCAUCCAAAUCUUCACGUUCGAAGAACUUUCUACCUUGUUUGCUGAAGUAGAGGCAGUGAUGAACUCGAGACCUCUUUCCCCACUAUCACCUGAUCCAAAUGAAAAUAAUGUCCUCACUCCAGGGCAUUUCUUGAUUGGUGAAGCGUUCACUGCAGUACCUUCACCGGAUGUGACAGAUAUUAAACUCAAUAGAUUGACUAGAUGGCAACUUGUCCAACAAGCAACUCAACAUUUUUGGCGGAGAUGGAGCUCGGAAUAUUUACAUAAUCUCCAACAGCGCGGGAAGUGGACUCAACAUAUUCAAAAUCUUCAAGUAGGAGACCUUGUUCUCAUAAAGGAUCCAAACCUACCUCCUCUUUACUGGCCUACUGGACGAAUUGUUGCUAUACAUCCAGGAAAAGACCAUACAGUUAGAGUUGUAACGUUACGAACUUCUUCUGGACAAUUAACACGACCAGUGGUUAAAUUGUGUCCACUACCCAAAGAAUAA